AUGGAAGUACACAGCAAAAUGAAAGGUUGGAAUGAUUUGCCAUUUGAAAUGAAGUGCGAAGUCUUCAAAUAUUUGGAGCAAAAGGAUAGGUAAAUAGAAAAUAGCUGGAAAUAUUAUAAAAUGAUUAUUUUUAGAUUCAAAUUCGCCAAAUGCUCUUUGCGUUGUUUGAACGAAGUUCUUCAUGAGGAGAAAGAUAUUCGGAAAGUAGAACUCGCGAGAAUCAAAAGCGCUGGUGAAAAACUUUUCAUUUUGACAAUUGAUGGAAAUAUGAAACUGAACUUCAAGCAAGUCGGAAAGUUAUGCAAAAUUCAAUGCGAAGAUGAGAUUAUUUGGAAAGGUGUUGAAAAUGGAAAAACUAUGGUUUACGAGUUUUUCGAGAACAUUUUGGCGAAACAUAAAAAUCAUCUGUAUAGAUUGUAUUUGUCAAAAGUGAGUGAAUUUCACGGUUUUUUCAGCGAUAUUUUUUUCUUUUUGAGGUCGAUUUUAUGAUCCGCGAUAAAUCAAUCGAUAAUUUUCCGAAACUCAAAUUCUUCAAAAUCACUACCAAUAACGAAAAACAAUUAUAUUCAUUUCUUUCGAAAAUCGAGAAUGUGUAUGAUUUGACUGUGAACUUCAGAGAUUUCGGAAACACGGAAAACUCGGAUAAAAUAAGAUUUCCGGAGAAUUUUAAAUUUUCACAAAUUGAUGUUUUAAAAUUGGUUUCGAACAAUGCAAAUGUUGCAUUGAAUAUUAUUGAUAAAAUUGACAUGCAAGAAAACAAAUGUUUCGGAUUUGCCAGUGUUUCGAUAAUUGAUGGAAAACUUGCUGAAGUAGAUGACAAAUUGAUGAAAUUUUUCAAAAAGUGUGGAACUUUGAAGACUAAUUUGGUUUUGACAAAUGAUCAGUUUAUGGAAUUGACGAAUUCUGUUCAUGAGUUGAGUUGUGAUGCUGCCAAUAUAAAUCCACACAUAAUUGUUAGUGUUCUUGAAAAAAGAACGAUGCAUUUUAUCGAAUUAGACAAUGUUCAUAGCGGAAUUCUGGAGUAUAAGAAGCGCUUGGAAUUGGUUCCGAAAAAAGAGAUUUGGGGUGAAAUUGUGCCAAAUGAAUAGUAAGUUUUACUUUUUAUCAAAAUUCUCCUAACAAGGGAACCUUUUUUACUCAACACUUCAAAUCAUGAUGAAAUUUUGUCCAGAGACAGCUUUUGGGACCAUACGAACACCCUAAAAAUUUUAGUCUCCCAAUGGACCUCUGAGCCAAGUUCUGGGCUCUCAAAAACUCAAAAAAACGCCUAAAAAAGGUCAUAAAAGUCAUCAUAGCUCCAUUUCAAAAUUUUUUUUGGGAGAAAUGAAGUUUCAGAUAUUGAUCAGCAUAGUCGAUUACCUAAAAGUCAAUCAAUAAAAAACUUUAUUUCGAAAAAUUUUGAAGUUUUUUAUUUUUGGGCUGAAAAUUCAUGAAAAUUCAUAUGUGCCCCUGCUCAUUCUUUUUUCCAAAAUCAAAAAUUUUUCUGAAAAUUUGAUUUAUUCAUGGUUUUUGGGUAAAUCGACCACGCUGAUCAUCAUCUGCUACUCAGUUUUUGACAAAAAUGAUCGAAAAUUGAGUUAUGACGUGUUUUAUGAGCCAAUUUUAGCAAUUUUCGAACUUUUGAGAGCCCAGAACUUGGCUCAGAGGUCCAUUGGGAGACUAAAAUUUUUAGGGUGUUCUUAUGACCCCAAAAGCUGUCUCUGGACAAAAUUUCAUCAAGGUUUGAAGUGUUGAGUAAAAAAGGUUUCCUUGUAAAAUGUUUAUUUUGAUUUUUCAGCAUCUUCGACUGGCCUUCCAUUUAUGGCACAUAUGAUAGUUAUACUGGAAGAUUGAGUAUCAAACAUAUGAUGUUUGACGAGUCAAAUAUGUGGCCUGGCUUGUCAAGUUUGCUUCUUUAA